CCAAACUAAUUUCAGAAAACGCAAACAUUCAACUGAUCACAGGGAAAGCAGCAACGGUACACCUUUGCUUCUACAAGUCGGCACACAAUUGAUUUAAGAAAAAACCCCACAGGUAGCAACAGGUACUGUACACCUUUGGCUUCUAUCAGUUGAAAUAUUAAAUCAAGAUGGCUGCUGGAAAAGCCUUACAAUUUUUGGAUAAAAAGGAUCUUGAAUGUGCCAUCUGCCUAAGGAGAUUCACAGAGCCAAAGACCCUAAAGUGCCUCCAUAGCUACUGUCUUCACUGUCUAGAAACUUUAAUUAAAACACAUGACAAGUUGAGGUGUCCAAAAUGUAAUCAACAUCAUGAAUUAAAAAAAGAUGAUUUGAAAAAACUCACUUCCAACAAAAUGAUAAAUUAUCUACUUGAAUAUGUGGAAAAAAUUGAAUCAGAAAAACCAACUAUUUGCUCGAGCUGUGAUAAUCCACCAAAAUACCACUGUUCAGAAUGCUUACUAUACUUAUGUGCAGAAUGCUCCAAACACCACAAGAUAAUACCUGCAUUGAAAGACCAUCCAUUGUACACAUUAGAUGAGAAUGAAGAAGGAGCCAAAGAUGAACAAAACAAAUGUCCAACUCAUUGGAACAAUGUACUUGAAUUUUACUGCCCUACUUGCAAGAAAACAGCAUGUAAGAAAUGUGAACAUGUUCUUCGUUGUUAUCAAAAUAAACAUAAUGUGACACCAAUGAAAACCGCAGUUGAUGAGUUCAACAAAAAUGCUACUGAAGUUACCAAUAUAGCUCAAGGCAUUAAAACAAAAUUGAAAGGAACACUUGAUUCAAUCACUAGUGAUAGAUCUGACUUUGAAUAUCAUCUGAAGCUAUGUAGAACAGCUAUCGAAGUGAAAGAGAAGACACUUAUCAAGGAAGUCCAAGAGAAAAGCAAACAAUUAAUGUCAGACCUUGAAAAAAUAUACCAAGAAAAGAAAGCGGACAUUGAUUGUCAAGUUAAAGACAUAGAUUCAAAGCUGACUAAAGUUAAUAAUGUGAUGGCCUCAAUCAAUAAAAUGAUGAACAAACCACAAGAAACAGAAACACUUGGUUCACACAGAAAAACUAUGAACACUGUUAGAGCCAAGGUCCUAGGAAUUGACUCUCAUCAAUCAUUUAAUAAAAAAAAUAUUACACCAAAUUUUAUUCCAUCUACCCACUUGAAAGAGUUUAUAAAAACAGAGGGAAUUGGUAAAAUUGUAACUGUUGAUGGUAUGUACACGGUUGCAAAAAAUGAUGAAGCAAUUACCGUCGCAAAGGGACAACAAUUUGUAGUGACUGUAUCAAGCUUAAGUGAGAGUGAUACAUGUAAAUUAGCUGCAACCCUGAGCAACCCAUCACAUGAAGAAACAGCCACUGAUGUAGAAUAUCAAGGAAAUGGAGAGUACAAAAUAGCAGGUAAAUGCAAUGUGGAAGGUGACUGGCAAAUGAAGAUUAUAGCAGGAGAGGCACACAUCAAAGGAUCUCCAGUGAAUAUCAAGGUAGAAGCACUGGGACUUAUAAAUACCAUUGGUAACAUAUCAGAUUAUAAAGAAAAUCACAAAACAGGAAAAGUAACAGAUGUAGUGUUAGACAUAGAUGGAUGCAUACUAAUAUCAAGCUACAGUAAAGAUAUAUUAAAGUUCAACCAAUCAGGUUCAUUUGUUGCUAGAAUAGAGAUGCCACAAGAUGUGCAGGUGAAUAGAAUGCAUCUAAUGGGUGAUGGUCACAUGGUGUACAGUGAUCACUUAAGAAAAUGUGUUGUAAUGUGUGAUGAUAAAUAUCGAGAAAUCCGCUCAUUUGGUAAAGGAAUAUUGAAAUAUCCAGAUGGCUUGACAGUUAACAAGGAAACUAGAGUCCUGUAUGUAGGAGAUCGUGAAGCUCACUGUGUGUUUAAAUUCAAUGUUGAUGAUGGUAGACUGCUGGGUAAGAUAGGUUCAGAAGGUAGUGAAGUAGGUCAAAUUAAGAACCCAGAAGAUGUCACUUUAACUAAGGAAGGUCAUCUGAUUGUUACUAACUGGAAAAAUAAUAGAAUACAAAUGUUUGAUGCAAAUGAUACAUUCAUGAGAAUCCUUGUAGGCUCGGGUAAGGAAGAUGGUAAAGUUUGGGGUCCUCAUGGUGUAAUCAUUGAUAUGGAUGGAAAUAUAUUAGUAUCAAGUGGUCAUAAACUACAACUAUUUGAUAAAAAUGGUGUCUUCAUAAAAAGAAUAGAUCAUAAAGAUGAUGGAUUAGAUACCCCAACAGGAAUCACUGUAAUCUCCAAUAGACCAAGAAGAGUAGCAGUAGCAAACCACAAAGCUAACAAUGUUAAAUUUUUUAACUACUAAAAAUGACAAUGAAAUACACAAAUUAGACAGUAUAAUCUUCAAUAAAUGUAAAUUGUAAUAAAUAAGUCAUUAAGAAUUUUUUUAAUAAUAUAGUAAUUCAAGG